AUGUCCGUAUCCUCCACAGCGCUUACAGAGCGUGGUGCGGGUUUGAUUUAUGGUAGCCACCUUCUUCUCAGUGGGUACCGGGCGGGUUCUUCUACAAGUGGCUUCACUUCAACUUUCUUUAUCGCUAGGUCGGUGAUAUCGGAGAAGUCGAGGGGAAUGAAGUAUAGCAAGUUUCCGAGUUACUUCAUCAAGGUCAACACGAUUGGCUACAUCUUCCAGCAGCUUCGUGGUUCGUAUAAUGCAGACGGUGAGGGAUGUACACGCUGCAGUUCUGGCGUCUUGAUCACCAAGGAUUUCGUCGAUCGCUUGGGAUCAGAGUCCUUCAGUGUCAUUUUGAUAGAGUCGUUGUCGAUGGAGUUUGUCAUGAUGGUGAUGGAGAUCAAUCCAAGCUCCGAUUCAAUCUAA